UGGCACUGUUUAUUUAACUGUGGAUGAUGGCAGAGAGGAGCAUUUUGUUACAUUUUGUGGUGUUGGUUUUGCUGGGUCUUACAGUGGAGACAGCUUAUACCUAUGCCUUCACCCCCAGCCGCCUGCAACAGCACAAAAUCCUCCACCUGGAUUGGCCCAGGGAUUGUGGCCUGGCUCACUUCAAACCACAUACCACGGAACGCAUCGUAUCAGGCAAUGAAGCCAGACCUCACUCCUGGCCAUGGCAGGUCUCACUGCAGGUUCGUCCUAGAGGCAGCAAACACUAUGUCCAUGUGUGUGGUGGGACCCUGAUCCAUAAAAAUUGGGUGCUCACUGCUGCCCACUGCUUCCAAAAGGGUAAAGCUGAAGAUGCAGGUAAUUGGCGUAUCGUUUUGGGGAAGCACCAGCUGAAGAAAUCCGAAACAGCUGAGCGUAUUUUCCCUGUGAGGAGAAUCUACAGACAUGAGCAUUUUCGCUAUCCAAUGCACAGUGAACUGGACUACGAUAUAGCUUUGGUUAAAGCAGGUACAGACAUCCUGCCCAGCAACUUUAUCCGCUACGCCUGCCUGCCGCGCAAGCAGACCAACCUAAAACCAGGCCAUUACUGUUGGGUGACCGGUUGGGGGGACACAAGAGGUGGGAAAGAUAAUGUGUCACUGGCUGAGUCAUUAAACCAGGCCCGUCUGCCUGUCAUUGACCAUAAAACAUGCCGUCUGAAGAAGUUUUGGGGAGACCGUGUGAGGGAGACCAUGAUCUGCGCUGGCUUCAGAGACACAGAGGGACCUCCUGCUGCCUGCCAGGGAGAUUCAGGUGGUCCUCUAAUAUGUCAGGUGGGUGAGGAUCGCUGGGAGGUGCGUGGCAUAGUAAGCUUCGGCCCCAUCGGCUGCACAGUGGAAAAUAAGCCCAGCGUCUUUACUCGCACUCUUGCUUACAUCCCCUGGAUUGAAGCUACUCGAAUCAGGGACUUCUUUUUCCAUUGACCUCCCUGUCUUCAGUGACCAACAAGUCCAACUGACCAUAAUACCCAUACCUGGCAUGGGUUUAGUUCUACACAUUCACUCGUCUAGGUGUACUGUGCUGUACUGAGCUCAGGGAGAGCACUCAGCUCUCCAAUGUCAUUAGCACACUUUCUGCAGCAGUGUGGGUCACUUCAGUGCAUUACUUUUAUGACUGUGCAGCUCCCAAGUCCUUCCCAACUUCCUUUAAGGGCUUGUUUGCUACCACCUAAUAUCUUUUUAGACACACAAUACAAUACAAAUAAAUAAACUGACACUGGUGUCUAUUCUCAAUAAAAGAUUUGAAUCGGGCCCAAAACAGCCUGCUGAGUUUCUUAUUAAGGUAAUUUGGGAUUUUCACAGCCCAUCUGGUUUUAUUUUUUGUUCUCAGUGUUCCCCAAAGCAUAUCAGAAUUAUCACAACACAGGAUUCUUCCUAAUCUGCUUGGGAAAGAAAUCUCAGAAAAAUAAUCACCGGUCUGAAUACUGCUCUCAGACCAAAUGUUAUAUUCAUUAUAUAUUUUACUUAUUGUGUGAGAAAAUGCUAACAAAAUCUGUAUUGUGCAACUACAUUCUAAUCAAAGAGGGUGCACAGACUAGGGUUUUUAUAGAAAAUACAAUUCAAAAUGACUUGUUAGAAACAAUUUCCUUAAUA